AUGGAUGUGAAAAUAAGUACCGAGUGUCCAAUAUAUGCACCAUUUUUUGGCUUUGCCGGCGUUGCAUCUGCGAUGAUAUUUAGCUCUAUUGGAGCGGCCUAUGGAACAGCAAAAGCUGGAAUCGGAAUCGCUGGUGCAGGAACUUUUAAACCUGAACUCAUUAUGAAGUCACUUCUUCCUGUUGUUAUGGCUGGUAUUAUUGCGGUUUAUGGUCUUGUAAUGUCCGUCUUGAUAUCUGGAACAAUGGACCCCACAAAACCAUAUUCAUUGUUUACUGGUUUUAUCCAACUUGGUUCUGGCCUCGCUGUAGGUCUUGCGGGUUUGGCAGCUGGAUAUGCAAUAGGAAUUGUUGGUGAUUCUUUUGUUAGAGCGCAUGCGCAACAAACAAGGUUAUUCGUAACAAUGGUAUUGAUUUUGAUUUUUGCCGAAGUACUAGGACUUUAUGGAUUAAUUGUUGGUUUGAUCCUCAAUACUAAGGCCACAAAUAAUU